AUGUUAUCAAAAUUACGUGGAAAAAUUGUUAAUACUAGUAGCAAUACUAAUAAAUAUGUUUCAAAUAUAAAUGUUAUUCAAAAGAGAAACAUAUCAAAAGAUAUACGAUUUGGAAGUGAUGCUAGAAUGGCUAUGUUAACAGGAUGUAACAAAUUGGCAGAUGCAGUAAGUGUAACCUUAGGUCCCAAAGGAAGAAAUGUAAUAAUAGAACAAUCAUUUGGAGCUCCUAAGAUAACAAAAGAUGGUGUUACAGUUGCAAAAAGUAUUGAAUUUAAUAACAAAUUAGCAAAUCUUGGUGCUCAAAUGGUUAAGCAAGUUGCAGCAAACACAAAUGAUAAAGCAGGAGAUGGUACAACUACAGCUACUAUUUUAGCCAGAUCUAUAUUUCAACAAGGAUGCAAAGCUGUAGAUUCUGGUAUGAACCCAAUGGAUCUAUUAAGAGGUAUUAAUAAGGGUGUUGAAAAAGUUCUAGAGUAUUUAAAUUCAAUAAAAAAGGAUGUUACUACAACAGAAGAAAUUUUCAAUGUUGCAAGUAUAUCAGCUAAUGGUGAUAAAAAUAUUGGACAACUUAUUGCUGACACUAUGAAAAAAGUUGGAAAAGAGGGAACUAUUACAGUUACUGAAGGAAAAACAUUACAACAUGAAUUAGAAAUUGUAGAAGGAAUAAAAUUUGAUAGAGGAUAUAUAUCUCCAUAUUUUAUUAAUAAUAGCAAAGAUCAAAAGGUUGAACUUGAAAAGCCAUAUAUCCUUAUUCAUGAAAAAAAAAUAUCAAGUGUUAAAUCAUUAUUACCAGUUCUAGAACAUGUUUUGCAAAAUCAAUCCUCUUUAUUAGUAAUAGCUGAAGAUGUUGACAGUGAUGCAUUAGCUACCUUAAUAGUAAAUAAAUUAAGAUUAGGUUUAAAAAUAUGUGCCGUUAAAGCACCAGGAUUUGGAGAACAUAGAAAAGCAUUGGUUCAUGAUAUAGCAGUUAUGACUGGAGCUAAAGUUAUUACUGAAGAAGCUGGAUUAAAAUUAGAUGAUCCACAAGUUGUUUCAUAUUUAGGAAAAGCUAAAUCUAUAAAUGUUACAAAAGAUAGUACAUUAAUUAUGGAAGGAGAAGGAAAAAAAGAAGAAAUAAAUGAAAGAUGUGAAAGUAUAAGAAACGCUAUAAAAAUGAAUACAUCUGAUUACGAAAAAGAGAAAUUACAAGAAAGAUUAGCUAAAAUAACAGGUGGUGUUGCUUUAAUAAAAGUUGGAGGAAUAAGUGAAGUAGAAGUUAAUGAAAUUAAAGAUAGAAUACAAGAUGCCUUGUGUGCAACUAAAGCAGCUGUUGAAGAAGGUAUUGUCCCAGGUGGAGGAAGUGCACUAUUAUUUGCUUCAAAGGAGCUUGAUUCAGUUCAAACUGAUAAUUAUGAUCAAAGAGUUGGUGUAAAUAUAAUUAAAGAUGCAUGUAAAGCACCAAUAAAACAAAUUGCAGAAAAUGCCGGUCAUGAAGGUUCAGUAGUAGCAGGGAAUAUUUUGAAAGAAAAAAAUUAUAAUAUAGGAUUUAAUGCUCAAGAAGGAAAAUAUGUAAAUAUGAUCGAAUCAGGUAUUAUUGAUCCCACAAAAGUUGUGAAAACAGCUAUAUCUGAUGCAGCUUCUAUAGCUUCUUUAAUGACAACAACUGAAGUUGCAAUUGUUGAUUUUAAAGAUGGAAAAAAUGAGGAAUCUCAAUCUCACAUGAAUUCUGUAAAUUCCAUGGGAGAUAUGGGUGGUAUAUACUAA